GGCUCUGCCGUCUGUCCCACUCCCCUCCGAGACGCCGGCCCGAGAGGUCACCCACCUGCAGCCCCAGCGAGUCCCAAACACGCCUGCCCAGUGACCCGCCAUGGAAGCCGCGGAUGCCUCCAGAAGCAACGGGGCCAGCCCGGAAGCCAGGGAUGCCCGCAGCCCGCCGGGGCCCAACGGCGCCCUGGAGAACGGGGCCAAGGGCGAAGGCCAGGAUGCCAAGACCACCAACGGGCACGGCGGGGAGGCGGCCGAGGGCAAGAGCCUGGGCGGCGCCCCGAAACCGGGGGAGGGCAAGAGCGCCCUGUUCUCGGGGAAUGAGUGGCGGCGGCCCAUCAUCCAGUUUGUCGAGUCCGUGGACGACAAGGGCUCCAGCUACUUCAGCAUGGACUCCGGGGACGGCAAGAGGUCCCCCUACGCCGGGCUCCAGCUGGGGGCCGCCAGGAAGCAGCCCGUCUCCUUCGCCGAGAAGGGGGAGCUGCGCAAGUCUAUCUUCUCGGAGCCCCGAAAGCCCACGGUGUCUAUCGUGGAGCCCGGGGAGGCCCGGCGCAACAGCUACCCCCGGGCCGACGGCGGCCUCCUCCUGCGCUCCAAGUCGGGCUCCGAGGAGGUCCUGUGUGACUCGUGCAUCGGCAACAAGCAGAAGGCCGUCAAGUCCUGCCUGGUGUGCCAGGCGUCCUUCUGCGAGCUGCACCUCAAGCCCCACCUGGAGGGUGCCGCCUUCCGCGACCACCAGCUGCUCGAGCCCAUCCGGGACUUCGAGGCCCGGAAGUGUCCCCUGCACGGCAAGACCAUGGAGCUCUUCUGCCAGACCGACCAGACCUGCAUCUGUUACCUCUGCAUGUUCCAGGAGCACAAGAACCACAGCACGGUGACGGUGGAAGAGGCCAAGGCCGAGAAGGAGACAGAGCUGUCGCUGCAGAAGGAACAGCUGCAGCUCAAGAUCAUCGAGAUUGAAGACGAAGCUGAGAAGUGGCAGAAAGAGAAGGACCGCAUCAAGAGCUUCACCACCAACGAGAAGGCUAUCUUGGAGCAAAACUUCCGGGACCUGGUGAGGGACCUGGAGAAACAAAAGGAAGAAGUGAGGGCUGCCCUGGAGCAGCGGGAGCAGGAUGCUGUGGACCAAGUGAAGGUGAUCGUGGAUGCUCUGGACGAGAGGGCCAAGGUGCUGCAUGAGGACAAGCAGACCAGGGAGCAGAUGCAAAGCAUCAGUGACUCGGUGCUAUUUCUGCAGGAAUUCGGUGCAUUGAUGAGCAAUUACUCCCUCCCCCCACCUCUGCCCACCUACCACGUUCUGCUGGACGGGGAGGGCCUGGGACAGUCGCUUGGCAACUUCAAGGAUGACCUACUCAAUGUGUGCAUGCGCCACGUUGAGAAGAUGUGCAAGGCCGACCUGAGCCGCAACUUCAUUGAGAGGAAUCACAUGGAGAACGGGGGCGACCACCGCUACAUGAACAACUACGCUAACAGCUACACGAGCGAGUGGAGUGCGCCUGAUGCCAUGAAGAGAUACUCCAUGUACCUCACGCCCAAGGGUGGGGCCAGGACAUCGUACCAGCCAGGGUCCCCCAGCCGCCUCUCCAAGGAGACGAACCAGAAGAACUUCAACAAUCUCUAUGGCACCAAAGGUAACUACACCUCCAGGGUCUGGGAAUACUCCUCCACCAUUCAGAGCUCUGACGACCUGCCCGCAGUCCAAGGCAGCUCCUCCUUCUCCCUGAAAGGCUAUCCCUCCCUCAUCAGGAGCCAGAGCCCCAAGACCCAGCCCCAAACUUGGAAAUCUGGCAAGCAGACUUUGCUGUCUCAUUACCGACCGUUCUACGUCAACAAAGGCAACGCGAUGGGGUCCAACGAGGCCCCGUGAGCUCCAGACGGACAGAAAACGAGGCACUGCCACCCCUGCCCUCCCCGGCUGAUCCUAUUCCUCUUGCCAUCCUUCUCAUCUGGGUGGAUGGGAGCCUCCCCCCUCCUCCCCCAUCAGCCAUGCUCCAUCCAGGCCCCUCUCCAGCGUUGGGACUUCUGAUGGUCACCGUCUUUCCUGUGCUCAGAGGCCAGCCGUCGCAGGGGUGGGACAUAGGUGGGCCUGCCUCCCCUAACCCACCACCCUCCUCCAGGGUGGAUUGCUGGGGCUCCCAUGGGUGCCCACGUGGUAGCAGCCUGCCUCUCCUGCCCCCCCUGCUGUCUUGAGGCCUAUUGGCCAUUUCUCUCCAAGGCUCCUUCCCGUGUGAUGUGGUCAGUAGAUGCUUGGCCAAGAUAGUUGCCCAUCUCCUACCCGCAUGGGCUCACCUUCUUCUUCCCAGCAGCCCGGCCCUAUCAGGAGACUGGCCCUAAGUGCCCUGCUCUGGUCCUGCCCACCAGUGCCCAGCCCGGAGGAGCCUGCAGGCCCUGGCCACCAUGCAGGAAAAGCUCCCAGUGUCUGGCAUCAUCCUGGCCACUUUGGGCGUCACCAUAUCUACUCUGAGUCUGAAGUCCCUGGGAAUGGGCUCUCCUGGCUGUUAGGAUGGUCUUAGCCAAGAUACUUCCCUCUUCCACCAGCUGAGAUAAGCGAUUUCCUCACCAUGAUACAAUCCAUCCACGAAAACAGCUACUGGCCCAGCUGCCCCAAGGGAAAUGCCAUUUACCUAUGGAAUUUUCAUGGUUCUGCAACUCUGUGUCCUCUCCAGCAAUGGCAAGUGAGCAGGUGGGGGGAAAGUGGGGCUGGGCUGGUAACUUGCAAUUUCCACGUAACUGCCGCUGUUUCCCAGGGUGCCUUCCACACUGCUCCGCACCCGUCUUCCUCCUCCCUCUGACUACCUUCCAUGUCACACGCCGUCAUGGGGCUCGGGGCCUGCAGAGGGGACCAAACCAGGAACGGCAAGGUGGGGCCCUUCCUCCUCUCGCUGUCCCUUCCAAGGGCCCUGAGGGUUCUGGGGAGGGGGACAUUCAGCCUGGGCUUUCCCCUCCUGAAUAAACCAUUGAUCGCCCACUUCUGUACUGAACAAGCAUUUCUCGAGGGUCACCAGAGGGGCCCUCUGCUGAACACUUCCCCACCGCUGGGGGCAUUGGAGUCAUCUUUCCUCUUUCCUCCAGAAGACGUGGCUCCUUCAG